GAACUGUGGCUGGAGCAAACAAAAUGCAGAGCUCCACCGCGUCCACCGCCACGGGAGGUGGCAGCCAAACCCAGACCAAAGUCCUCAAGAAGAGUGCGAGCGAAAGGUUAGGACUGUCGCUCAUAUCCCUCAACCCCGGAGCCACAGGAAACAUAUACGUGUCGUCCGUCGCGCCACACUCGACGGCGCACCGGAAAAAAGUCGGCGUCGGUUGGGAGUUACUGGUUGUCAACGGCAAGAAUGUUGAAAACAUGACCGUCGACGACAUCGCACGACUCGCUGGAGGCACGUCAUGCAAGCAAGUUGAGAUUACGUUCGAAACGACGAUGGCCGAGCGAUUUGUCAAGUGGAAAGCCGAUUCAGGUGUCAAAGCCACUCCUGCCGCGAAACCUCCGACCAAAUCCAAGGCCAAGGCGCCACCUGCCACCAAUUCUACACACAAGGCCACUGCCUCAUCGCCUCCGCCACCAGACAAGGCCAAGCCGGCAAAAGCAGGCAAGCGGGGUAUUUCCAUUGCCGCAGCACAGCAGCAGGAGCCACACAACGAUACCGACGGUGUAGACAACGACGACGACUCUCUUCGAGCAGGCGGUGGCACGUCCAAGAAGAAACGAGGCGCGCCGCAAAAUACCAUCCAACGCUUUCUACAAAGCAGCCGGUCCACGGAUCCGUCGAAUACUGUCCAGCACCCCCUCCAGGAACUGUCUCGCGCAGAGAAGUCGCGGCAGGCCAUGGUUGUGGACAAGCUCACGUACAUGGGCUUCUCCCGCGCGGACGCGCUACUGAGCUGUGAAAAGUGCGGCAGCGACCACAUCGACACCAACAUGAUUUGGCUCGUGUCGAUGGUCGAAGAGCGGCGGUUCCAGGACGAGCUCAACAAGGCCCAGAUCGAGUCGGAGCUCCAAAAGCGGGACGAAGACACCCAGCACAAACGAAAAGAGCUCCAAGUGCUCGAGACCACGUCAUCCUUGCGUGCCCUCUUCCCCGAAUCGGUUGCGUUUGACCCAGAUACGCACGCCCCGCUCGUGAUUGACUUGAUCGACACGUUCCUUCUCAACAUGGACGACCCCGCGACAUCCCCGCUGCGCCAGGCGGUGGCCGACAUCCUCACGCAUGAAACCAAGGCGCGGCGAUGGUACCCCCGUCCGUCCAAGUGCUACGUGGCGGACCUCGUCCAGCGCGUUAAUGGGACGCUGGCAACGCACCCGCCCACCGCCGCCUGCUGCGGCCAGCGAAUCCCCUCGAAAAGGGAGUGCCCGUUGCUCACGCUGGUCCAAGCAGAGCUCGCGACGCUCAAGGCGCACCUGUACAUGUCCACGUCCAACGUCGGCGGCGUCCCCCAAGCGUUUCUAGAUGCCGACGACGCGAACCGGUUCAGUCUGGCCGCCGACGGCUUUGAAGUGUGCAAUGUCCAAGACCUCGUCUCAGAUGACGAUGAUUAACACGAAAAUAGUCUUGACUUUGCUGCGAUACCGUGAGAAGGUCCGACGGAACGUUUUUGUAAGC